UGACAAGGAAACAGGUCCGGGCUGCAACGACUGUCAUAGGGUCGGGCUGUAACAAUUGGCUAGAAUACCUAACUCUAUCUUCUGGCAGUCCAAUGGAACCCGACACGAUGGGGCCACAACCGACCACGGGCGAAGCGGGAGAGGAGUACAGGACAUCGCCCGAUCGAGCUCUGAGGGAUCUGAAGGAACGAAUUAGGCGAGAAGCACCGCUGGGAUGGGCUGACCGAACCAAUGACGGAGGGUCCGACGUAAGGGGCGAACCAGUUGCGACAGAGCCGCAGGAGGCUCUAAAGACGGGUACCUCGAGCGGAGGACGAGAAGCGACGAGGCGACGCUCCCACGAGUACGAGCGGAGGGACACUAUAGCGGACAAGCACAGAGACGACUGGAGAGAGAGUUUGAGGGAUUCCUAUUGGAAGGACAGAGAUAGAGACAGGGCGCCGCCCAGGCGAGUCUUCGACCCCCAGACAGGGGAGUCACAUCCGCUCCCUUACGAGAGCAAGGAUCGCUAUAUUAUUACGCACAAGGCCUCAGAGCCUCCUACCUUCAGGGGCUAUGGUAUCACAGAAUAUCUGGAGAAAUGGGAGCUUCACGCCAGCCGGAACCGAGACCGCAGAGAUCGCGAGCCGUUUGCGCGAUCAAGGAGGCUGGAUGAUUACCCGCGAAACCCUCGCUAUGAGGCCGAUUGGGGUAGAGGCGACUCCCGCGGCCGAUGGGAGACAGAUCAGGGCCGACGAGAUGGAUAUAGGGACGACAGAUACGAGAGAUCGGACCGAGAUGGAUAUAGGGACGACAAAUAUGAGAGAUCGGACCGAGAUGGAUAUAGGGACGACAGAUACGAGAGAUCGGACCGAGAUGGAUAUAGGGACGAGAGAUACGAGAGAUCGAACCGAGACGGGUAUAGGGACGACAGAUACGAGAGAUCGGACCGGGACGGGUAUAGGGAUGACAGAUACGAGAGGUCGGGUCGAGAUGGCUACAGAGGAGGUAGGUAUGAAAGAGGAGAUCGGGACUGGGAACGACGAGAUGGGUCGCGCGGACGGUUUGAGCACGAGGGAAAUGAGAGAGAGCAGCGCGAUGAGUCGCGGGGGUGGUACAACCGAGGGGACCGACGCGAUGAGACACGAGGGCGAUAUGACUCCGAGGACCGCCGGAAUGAUUCGCGAAGGCAGUAUGAGCAAGGAGGGUCUGGAGGAGACCGCCGCAACGAUUCGCACGGCCGGAAUGAGAGAGGGGGGUAUGGCGUCUCAUCAGAACCAUAUCCCAAGUCGCCUGACCCCAAGGCAGCCAGGAGUUCGAUCUCGAGAAGCGCAGACGACAUACCAUCUACUCUCAGGAACUCAUGCGUUUACUGUAGAGGAGAAGAUCAUAUCAAGAGGGAUUGCCCGGACCUCAAACGGGCAAUAGAUGAGGGACUUGUCGUGCUUGACGACCGCAAGUACGUCAAGUGGGCAAAUGGUCUAGGAGAUGUAUCGUUGUUCCCUUCGAUGAAGGAGAAUGUCGAAGCAAGGAGAGUAAAGCCGAGUAAAGAAAAGGAGUCGGUCAGGAACCAGAGCAUCAAGAUAACCUUUGAGGGGGAUAUGGCGACCACACCCAUAAGGGUGGCAGCCACCAAGUCGGCGAGAGGGUCUACAUCGAAGAAGAAUGACACGGAUUACGUGAUGACGGAGAAGGACGGGCAGCGGAUCGAUGGAGAGGAGGUUAUCCUUUCGCCGCGAAACAGGGGAGUCAAGAAGUUCUUAAUGAAGAGUUCGCUGGACAAGAUUGACACGGUCGAGCCACUGAGGCGGGCCCUUCGGCAACCCAUGCAGUGCUCUAUUCUGGAGUACCUGGCGGCAUGGAAGCCGUCUCGUGAUGAGUUACUGAUAAUCACGCGGAAGACUCGCAUACCUCUAUCGGAGGAGGGUCAGGGGGCCCCUAAGGCGGAAGCUCCUACAGUAGCAGUAACGGGGGUGACAGCCAGAGCAGAUCGCAUGGCGACAGUCCUUCUCGAUGGAAUGGAAGGUGUGCCUCCAGACAAGUUUUAUAUACUUGGUAGCGGGGCCGUGGAGACGAUUACAGACGAUGGAGCGAUACUCGAUGUUGUGAUCGAUAACGGCAGUGAGGCUGUCAUCAUAGACGAGGACCUGGCAGUACAGGUUGGACUGGGCCUCGAUAGGUCAUACCUAUUCGAGAUAGAGACGGCUGAUGGGAGAAAGCAACAGAUCACUGGGGUUUGUCACAAGGCAGCCAUAGAGGUCCAAGGAGUACGAGUGACCCUGCCUAUCUUUGCAGUCAAGAACUGCAACUCCGACUUGCUCUUGGGUCGAACGUGGCUGAGCCACGUGCAUGCGGUGACGAUAGAGCGACAUGAUGGGAGCCAAACAUUGUCCAUUAGGAAGCCAGACGGAACGCGGGUAAUGAUUGAGACAGUGGAGCCUCGGGACCCGAGGAACAGAGCAACUCUCGCUGUGGGUGCGAGACCCAGUAAACAGAUUAAGUCGUUACCUAUCUCCGGCCACGCGUACCCAAAGGAAAAAGAUGAGGAAUUUGGCGGUGUGGUAUCCGUGUCUUUUUUAAGGGCACGGCCCCCUAUGGGGGGCUACCCAAGCGACACAAGCGAGUAGCUCAAAAAGUUAUGCCAGCAGCGGUGGGCCGCGAACGAUCUGCACUGGAAGGGAUAUCGGAAGAAGAGAUCGCGAAAUAAAUCAAACAAAGAAAG